UCCACCUCAAAGCACGUUCCGAGCUCUCUUUGUUCUCUCCAUCAAACAAACAGCUUUCACAAGAUGUUGGGUGCUAAAGGUGGCGCGCUGCCGCUGGCUUCCUUGAAUCACAUCUCCUUGGUCUGCAGAUCAGUGGAGAGAUCACUUGACUUUUACCAGAAUGUGCUCGGCUUCCUCCCCAUCAGGAGGCCGGGAUCCUUCGAUUUUACUGGUGCCUGGUUGUUCAACUACGGAAUCGGCAUCCACUUAUUGCAAUCUGAAGACCCCGAGAAGAUGCCGAGGAAGAAGGAGAUUAACCCCAAGGACAACCAUAUCUCCUUCCAGUGCGAGAGCUUGAGCAUGGUGGAGGGGAAGCUGAAAGAGAUGGGAAUCCCUUACAUCCAACGUCGAGUGGAGGAAGGUGGGAUCUACGUGGACCAGCUAUUCUUCCAUGACCCGGACGGCUUCAUGAUCGAGAUCUGCAACUGCGACAACCUCCCGGUGAUCUCGCUUUCCGGGGAGCCCAUCAUGGCCUGCAAGAGAGUGAUGAACCUUCUUCCUCAGCAACAGCAGCAGAAGGCGGCGUUCCAGCUGUAG